CUUGAAAUAUCAAAUCCAGUAGAACUAAGUUUUCUCAGCACUAAAAAAAAAACUUAUAUAAACCAGUCAAGAUGCGUAUGCUUAAUAUUAACCAAGUGGCCCCUAAUUUCGUUACCAAUGCGGUGGUAUCCGGUGGCUUCCGUAAUUUUUCCCUAGUUGAUUUGCGUGGCAGAUAUGUCCUGCUGGUUUUCUACCCGGCUGACUUUUCGUACGUCUGCCCCACGGAGCUGCAGGCAUUCAGUGAUAGAGCUCCGGAGUUCAGGAAUGUGGGCUGUGAAGUCCUGGCCUGUUCCACUGAUAGUCACUUUGUGCACUGCGCCUGGAUGAACACUCCCAGGAAGAACGGAGGUCUGGGUGAGUUGGAUAUACCAUUGUUGGCCGACAAGAACAUGAAGAUAGCCAGGGACUAUGGAGUGCUCGACGAGGAGACAGGAUUGGCUCUACGUGCCCUCUUCAUCAUCGAUCGCGAGGGGCGCAUUCGUCAGAUCACGGUUAAUGACAUGGGAGUGGGUCGCAGUGUGGACGAGGCACUGCGUCUGGUUCAGGCCUUCCAGUUCAGCGAUGAGUUCGGCGAGGUCUGUCCGGUCAACUGGCGUCCCGGAGCCAGGACCAUGAAGGCCGAUGCAUCCGGAAGGGACGACUACUUCAAGCACGCCAGUUAAGUCUAUAUACAAUCAGUUUUACGCCAUUCCAAGCUGGCCAUUAAAUAAACGAUAGUUAUGAACAUUCAAA